AUGCCAGUUCCGGCAAAUCUUGCUCUCUCGGAUGCCGCUGCCAUUCCAGAGGUGUGGCUCACUGCUUACCAACUGCUACAUCUAUUAGCUGGUGUCAAGUCGCGUGAGUGUGUGCUGGUGCACGCGGCAGGGAGUGGAGUGGGAACUGCAGCGAUACAGCUGGCCAAACUUGCAGGUGCUAGGGCAUUAGCCACUGCAGGAUCACAGGAAAAAUUAGACAUGGCAGAAAAGAUGGGAGCAGAGGGAACUGCCAACUACAAGAACGAGGAUUUCUCGGAGAUGGUGCUUAAGAAAACAAAUGGUAAUUUUUCUACCAUAUACAUGUAAACGUUGGAAACGUCGUGUCGGCGUGCGCAUUUCUAUCCUGAGCUUACUGUACAUAUUAACAAUAAUAUGUACUGUAAAAUUAAGCUUAACUCUAAUAACUAAAAUUGAAUGUUUAUAAAUAUUAUGUAAUUGAGUUUAAGAUUGCAUACUUGAUAGUAAUAUAGGGCGUAAAAAAAAAAUACCUGUGGUUCCGGUUCCCGACCGACCCUAUUUUUUUCUGCCGACCCUAUUAUUUUUUCAACGCGAUUGACCGUGCGACCCUAUUUUCUCCAGGUGGUUGCGGGCUGCUCGUACAGCGUGCCAAAAUGGCGUCUGUUGUCACACUAAUUAUUGAACCAAAUUGCCUAAAUUCGUCCAUAGGAAAUACGCAUCUCUAGUUAAUAUUGAUGUUGGGACUCUACUGCAAAUCGCCCAGCAAAAAACUGCCAAAACCAUGAAAAAAAUAUUCAAAAAAAAAACUUAUUUCCGACCUAUACCGACCCUAAUUUUUUCACGAUAUGAAACCGGAACCACAGGUAUUUUUUUACGCCUAGUGUAAACAGUAUAACCGCGUUUCUGUUUUUCUUCAAAUGUAGGCGCUGGAGCUAAUAUUAUUCUGGAUUGCGUUGGAAGUUCGUUUGUUGAUAAAAAUCUUGCAAGUAUUGCUACAGACGGACGAUGGAUAUUGUACGGCUUACUUGGUGGUGCAAAUGUUGAAGGACGAUUUCUUGGUGCCUUACUUCGGAAAAGGAUAUCGCUCAUCGCAACUACAUUAAGAAGUAGAUCGCUUGAAGUAAGUAAAUCAGACCAAG